AUGCGGAUAUUGUGCUGUCGUUACUUUAUGGAGCCAGCUUCGAAUUCUGGGACGCCGGCAAUUCAACGCCUUUGCUGUGGUGUGGGUCACGUGAUCGAUGACAUAUUUCGUCAGCUCGUUUUUUCCUUCACACUUGUUUUCUUCAUGAAAGUUCUAAGCCUCUCUGCGGCUAACGCUGGGUUGCUAAUUCUUCAGAAGGAACUGACUCACGUGGUAUUCUCCCCUCUUUGCGCCUUUCUAGUGGACAGCAUGAAUAUUCCAGUUCUGUCCCGGAAGCUGGGGAGAAGAAAAAGCUGGCUUCUGAUAGCAAAUAUCGUGGAAGCAGUCUUUAUACCUUUGUUUUUUAGCACUUGCUUCCCCUGCCAGAGCGAUGGAGGACAAUGGCAGCGGAUGGUAUAUAUUGGUGUGCUCAACACCAUUCUAGCCUUUGGAGGCGCUCUUAUGAACGUCGGACAUUUGUCGAUCAUUCCUGUCAUCGCUAAAAAUCAAAGCGAAGCUGUGGAAAUGAGCGCAUGGAGGUUUGUCAUUUUCUCAAUGACUCAAACAUGAAAAUAACAAAAUGCAGAGUCAAAUUGCACUUUCUCAUUAUUUACGUUUUAGGUUCUCGAUCGAUAUUAGGGAAUAGGUGCUAUUUGCUAUUGUUUAGAUGCUUGCAACAUAAAUUUAUAUGGCGGCUGUUACGGCGAAAUUGAUGGAACUUUGUUUUGCAUUUUUCGGGGGGCAAAAAUGGUGAAUUUAAAUCAAGAAUAUCAGUGUUUGAGGGAAAUGUGAAUGUUUGUAAAAUUUUUCCAUUUGAAAGUUUUUUAAGAUUUCUUAUCAAAGCGGCCAUGCAACAUGUACUACGAACUCAGUUACUAAUAAGACAUCCAAAAUUGACAUGUUCCAACACUCAUCUUUUGUUCUUUGGUUUUUUUUUUUUUUAAAGGACCACUUUUUCUUUCCUUCCUGUCAUCGCUAAAAAUCAAAGCGAAGCUGUGGAAAUGAGCGCAUGGAGGUUUGUCAUUUUCUCAAUGACUCAAACAUGAAAAUAACAAAAUGCAGAGUCAAAUUGCACUUUCUCAUUAUUUGCGUUUUAGAUAUUAGGGAACAGGUGCUAUUUGCUAUUGUUUAGAUGCUUGCAACAUAAAUUUAUAUGGCGGCUGUUACGGCGAAAUUGAUGGAACUUUGUUUUGCAUUUUUGGGGGGACAAAAAUGGUGAAUUUAAAUCAAGAAUAUCAGUGUUUGAGGGAAAUGUGAAUGUUUGUAAAAUUUUUCCAUUUGAAAGUUUUUUAAGAUUUCUUAACAAAGCGGCCAUGCAACAUGUACUACGAACUCAGUUACUAAUAAGACAUCCAAAAUUGACAUGUUCCAACACUCAUCUUUUGUUCUUUCGUUUUAUUUUUUUUUAAAGGACCACUUUUUCUUUCCUGAGUGGUAUCCUAACCUUAGUUGUGGCGUGGGCUAUUUUCGGGCAAGACAAUAGCGAACAUCUAACAGCAGAAAAUGCAAUGGAUUUCACGGUAAUUAUUAAUAGUAUGGACAUCAGUGACUGAGCUUCAUCCGUUACAAAGUUAUAAAACUUUUUCCUUGCUUCCUUUUUUUCAGGUCAUGUCUUUAAUAUUGGUUGGAAUUGGUCUCUUGUUUUGUCUGAUUUUCCACAUCGGAACCAAAGAGCCUUCGUGUCAAAUCAACAAAAAGUUGUCUGUGACGGCUGCAGGCAUUGUGGUAAGGUUUGAAUUUCCUUAGAGAAAACUGCUAGAGACCAUCAAGUCAGCCUCCCUCGCAGACGUUUAUUGUCUCGUCACGCAACGUUGGAGAGGAGCGUUACGUGACCAAAAAAAAAAAAACGGCUGUGAGGGAGGCUAGUUAUAUAAUAGACCUAAUAUGCUAGCCUGAGAAAAUAGCCGACAGUUAGUGCGACACUACUGGCUUCUCUGCAAAAUGAAGUCUCAGGAAAGAGUGCAGAAAUUCCAUACUGUCCGCCUUUUACUGCCCAUCUAGAUCUGGAUAGCUCUUUUUAUUGGUUGAUGAUAGUUACCAGGUGGAACUACCAAUCAGAAGCACUCAGCCCAGAUAAAGGUGGUGGUACGUCAUCAGUAUGGAAUUUCUGCACUUGCUCCUCAGACGUCAUUUCACGAGAAAACUAGUGGUGGCCUUUUGCGAAAGGUUGGCUGUUUAGUUAGCCUACCCUUAUGCAAGUUUUCGUUAGGCAAGCCACCAAGCUCAGUUUCGGAACUGUCAUUUUGCAUUGUAAGGCACGAUGGUGAAAUUGCUCGUCUGACGUAGGCACACGUAAGGGCCAUAAGCCGUAUUAAUAUAUAGAUUUAGCCAGGGCUUUGAAAAGCGAAGCUCUCGUUAAUAUGUUUAUAAUUUACCCAUCGGCAAGCAAAAGAAUAAAAUCGUGUAAUGCUUAACGACGACGGCAACAAAAAACAAAUCAGUAGGUUUAAUUAGCCAAUAAAAAACAACAACAACAACAACAAUAACAACUUUGCACGUGCAGCACACUUUUUUGUACAUUUAUUUGGAGUUGUUUUGCACGACUACAACAUGAAACUUUUUCAGUUACGUAUCUUAUGAAGGAAAUGUCGUAUGUGCUCACCAAAAGUUGCGCUGCCGGCGUUCCUGUUCGUUUUUUUUUUCACUGCCGGCGCCUAUUUUCACCUUAUUGGCCGCUAGCAUUACUCACUUUCUCACUGCCAAUUUUCAUGUUUUUCUUCCAACCAAAUUCGUCUCUUCUGUUUUUUAGCUCUUUCUCUGUUAUCCACGCCAGUAAAGACAUUUAAACUUAGUCGGACUCGACCCAGUUUGUUAUUGUUGUUUUUGUCUCUUAAAAGUCCGCAUGGCUAUGCCAUUUCCCUCGUGUUGCAUUUGGGUUGCAAGACCUGUUAAUUGACUUAUUUUACAUUGGUAUGUCUGUGGUAUGGACGGGCGUGUGUAUGAUCACGUGAUUACCAAAAUUUCUUGGAUGCUUAGAUUAACAAAUUUCUUACCCAUGGUGCUUCGCUGCAUGCCCUCCGCGCGCGCAAGAGCUCCGAUAUAAGUUAUCUUGCCUAGUCCCUUUACGGCGUUUUCCCAAGCCUUCUCGGUCAAUUGCCUUCGGUGACGUAUCCGAGGCGAACAGGCGGGAAGCGCCUAGACAAAAACAGAAUGCGCAAGCGUGCGUCGGAAAAGUCGGACUUUCUGGAGCUCAAGACGUUGCAAACAGCAAGCAAUUAUUCAUGAUUUAAAAAACCCUUCUAGAUAUUUGCUAAAUAGUUUGUAGAUCGACUUUUGCCGACUUUGAAAAGCCAUCAGAAUUUUCAUUCAUAGUCCUGUGAAGAUUGAUUUCUGCUCCUUCAAUCUUAUCAUUCGACUUCUCAUUCUAACUAAAUAUGUUUUGCGCGAAUUUUUAAAGCAUUCACUUCAAAAAGGAUACUUCAUUGACACCGUGUGUAAUAAACUUAGAGCAAGUAGAGUACAAAUCUUAAAUAAUCAGAAAAAAAUUACACUUUCAAAUAAAAUUCAUUAGCUGUGUGAAGCGAAAAUUCUUCAAAACUUCUCUGCUUGGUUGUGUUUCAAAACAGGCAAAAAGCUCCGCCGUGAAGAAAAACCUCAAAUUCCUCGAAGGACAAAUUUGUAACGAGAAUCUUUCCUUUGUCCAGUGAAAAAACCUGGCUGAAUAUUCUUUUGAACUCUCCCUUCCCAUUUGUGUUUUUUAACGGUACAUUUUUAACUUUGAAAUGCGAAACUUUGGUCUUGAAAACCAUCGCAUGGGAUAUCUCACUUUUGUCUCACUUCUGAGAAUUUUUGUCUAGGCCUGACUUCUUCGAUUUGACCACGUGACUCGAAACGCAUAAGCCGCGCGGAAUAACGAGGCCUAGGGACUAUGCAAUAAAUUUAUUUAUCUGUCACUCUAUUAAUACAUACCAGCUUUACAUAGGGUGACAAAGAUCUCUGUCUUCAUAGUAGUAGAUUAUCAAGUAGUUUAACUAGAUAGUUUUAAUCUAAUGAAUAAGUAACCAAAACUGUCAGAAUUUUAAAAGACACUACAGAAAGCAAUGCGAAAAUAAUAAGCCAGAUAGCAUAAUUUAAUGAUGAAAUAACCUUGAUAGCUUGUUUAUACUUUACAUCUAAAUGCAUAAGUUUUAAACCUUUUCAAAUCAGACCUUUUAAUGAGGUUUACUUUUCUCUAAACCCUCGGGGGUCAGGGGAAGGGUGCAAUUUUGAGAAUACCCUCAAUAUUACAGCGAAAUUCGUUGUAUCGCGCCGCGCCCUGAGAACUUCGAAGGGAUUUAGGAUUUUUCUGUUCCGUCAAUCAUUUGAGCGAAGGCGGGUUAAAAGGUUAAAAGGUUAAAGGCAUGUUUAUAGUGGAAGGUGCACUUAGCUAGUCAGCUAAUUUACAGGCACUCCACUCAAAUAUUUAGAAACAAAUAAUUCAAAUACAACAUAACAGGAUUAAAAACCCCAACUGGCAGAAGGCAACCAGUUGGCUAUUUACAAGCAUGGCCGAGAAUUUGAACUCGGGACGACCGAGCACAAAUCCAGCAAGUGGCCAGAGCGGGACUCGAACUCGGGACCGCCGGAUUGCGAGUCCGACGCGCUGACCACUCGGUCACGCUGCCUCCCUUGGGUUAAUGCAAAUCAAAAUGUAACGCGCUCGCCCAGCUUGCAUCGGAUGAGAAUGACUCUAUAGACUGCCCAAGAAUAGCAAAGGUAAAUCGCGAUGGUGAGCGGAAUUUUUGUCGAAGGAAGGAGGCAGACGUUGCUUUAUUCUUGCAAGCCGGACAAGAAUAAAAAAGAUCAGAAAAUCUGCGAAGCAAACUUAACUAGUCGAUUAUUGCCCGAAACAGGACGAUCACAAAGCAACGCCCUUGAAACACGAAACAAACGAAACGGAUCGAAAGCCACCAAUCACGAAUCACAAACGAGGACCUUUUGAGCUCGUGCAAGUAAACAUGUGUUUCCUAAGAGGUCCGCUAAGAGAAUUGACGGGACAGAAAAACCCCAAAUUCCUUCGAAUUUUGCAUAAGGCACAGCGCGAUACAAUUUCACUGUAUGAUUGAAUAAUUCUAAAACAGUUGAAGCUGUGACAAACUUAGCAUAGUUAAAAAAUAAAAAAGUAAAAAAAUUCCCGGACGUUACGUCAACAUUUCCGGGAACCGAGAUUCAUUACAGCCAAAAGUUUAGCAACAAUUUAUUGCCUUUUUUCUACUAAAAAAACUGAAGUAUUUUAUUUUAGAUUUUUAUAGUACCUUACCGAUUUAUUUAGCAUUUUUAGUGGAAAGAAUUCUAUAGUGAUACAUAUGUGAGUUCAUCCAAUGUAUUAAACAAUUUGUUGUCAUAAUGACGUCAUUUCGCCUUUGCAACAAUAAAAAUAUAGGAGGAUUUUAAAACGGUGAUAACAUUAUGCAGGAUCAUAAUGGUGUGUAAAUUUGGUGGCUUUAAUUAGCGGUUUUAAAGUUAUAGGGGAUGAUCUCCAAGCUUCCCUUUCCCACCACGGUUCUAGAAAACCCAAAAAAGCCCAUUCUGAAUGGGGUUAAAAAGACGCCAAACGAGCUAAUUAAAAAGGCAUGGAUGAAUUUAAGUCCAAAACAAUAUGUAGUUCUCUUUAACUGUUUUAAAUUUAUCGCAGAGAAAGUCCUCUUACAUUGCUUCAAAUCUCAUAGUUCAGUCGAUGACCUUCAUGGGAACAGGUAAGAUAGUGUCUGCCAUUUUUUUACAAUUAUCAAAUAAAUAAUUUAAAGGUGUUUUGACAGCUAGGCUUUGCUGUGUUAAUUAUGUUGUGUGACCAUGAAGAAAGCUUUGGCACCAGUUUCGUAUCAUCAGAUAUAUAGACUGAGAGUGGAUUGCAAUUUAGAUCCAUAUAUAUAAAAUCAAAUUUAAGUAUAUAAAUAUUUUGGUGUUUUUUUUACUUUUUCAUUGAUUUAUGUGAUAGAUACGCAUAAGAAGGAAGCUAUUCGAGACAGGUUCCUUGGGACUCUAAAGGCUACAGACUCAGUCAACGAGGAAGGCAAUCCUGCGAGGAAAAAAAGUUUCGCGAGGCACUUUAUCAGCGCCCUUUUUGCUCAAGAUGAAGAGGAGAAAAAUAACGGAAAGGAUGCUUCCCCUUCUGUAAACGAGGCAGAGAUGGGAACAGUUUCCAAGGGCUUAGAAGUACAUUCAUCUCCUUCUUCUGAAUCAAGGACUCAAAAUGAUGACGAAGUGUUGAAUGAUGUCAAACAAUUACCACAAGAACGGAAAAUAAGCGUUCUCUUGAGCAUUGUUUACGGUCUGGUGGGGUUAGACACCGAUAGAGAUGAACAAGUAUCCGACAAAGUCACCGUCGAAAAGUCAGGGGAAUGUAAUGGAAAUAAAAGGCCCAUUUCGUGUACAGAGAUACAAGGCUCGAGUGGUCCUAACGGCUCAAGAAAAGAAGAAGCAGAAGACAUCUUUUCCCAUGCUUGUUCCAGUUCUCGGCUUGGUGUCGACAAUAAAGGACUUGAGUGCAGUGAAACGGAAAUAUGUCCUAGCUUCCCAGAUCCUGAAAUCACAAAGAUAAAUGUAAACGCACUAACUACAAGUAAUUGCAAAAGGCUGUCAGCUGUGUCAGACGAUCCUGAAUCUGCUCUUCCGCCUAAAACAAUAAGAGCCUGGCUCAAGGAUCCACGUCUUUACAUGGUGAUUAUAGUCUUUUCAACUUCCAUUUCAUUUAGUAUGUGAAUUAGUUUUUUUGUGCUUUAAUUGCUUUUAUAUAAUUUUUGCUUAUUGUAAUGCGCAAGUGAUCGUAUAUCCAUGAGGCAUGGCAGGCGCAAUAUAGAUAUAUAUGCAAUUGUGUUUAUUUAUUUAUUUAAAUACGUAUUUAUUUAUUCAUUUAUUUUACCCUAUUGUACAUACAUGCAUUCAAGGCACAAAGUAUUGAUUGGAAAUUUUAAAUCAUCUUCUUUAACUGAUUAUCUCAUUUUUUCAUACAUUAAGGUAGCAAUCAUAUUCGCUUGUACAAAAGUCUUACAAGACGUUGCCUACGCGUAUCUGCCACUGUUUCUUAUUUACAGCGUUGACUUUGGGAAGGUGAGUGUACAUAAUUAUGUUAAUGUGUUUUUCUUCAGGCCUCGCAGGCCGUCACUAUUUUGUGGCCCUGUGUCUUUCUAUGCAAUCUCUAUGGACAUUAUCCAUGUCAUGUUGACUAUAUUAAAGUGCUAUACGUUUUAAUGGUUUAAUCCUUGUUAUAUUAUUCUUAUUAUAAGUGCAUCAGCGGGUACAUUAUUACCUAGUAAUCAAUAAUAGUGCUGCAAGCUUUGGUUAAAACGCCGCAAGUACUUAAUAUGCCUGGCCUGCUUUGCGGAAGGUCCCGAGUUCGAUUCCCAGCAGUAACCUCAAAUCCUUUUUUCGAAUUCUUCCCUUUUUAAUUUCCGUGUCGCUUUAGAGGCUUUAAAUAGCCAGCGAAACGGAGCACCGGUGGAGAGAAGGAAGGCGAAGUAAGCGCACUGUCGGACUUGUCUCAGGUUUCAAGCUACCGGCGUAAGAUAAGAAAUCUGAGUCAAAAUUAGCUACAGUAGGACAAUCUUUAUCUUAUCGAUCAUUCACUUUGCCUUUUCAGGAUGCGAUUGCAUAUCUGCCACUUGUGAUGUUGAUCAGCGCUACAGUGUCCUCAGGAAUCUCAAAGAAACUUGUUAAAAUAAUCGGAAACAAGGUUAGACCAGCCCUCCGUAUCAAUGUGUUUUACUGCUCAAAAUGAAAGAAAUCAAUAGGGAAAAGGGGGGACCCGCUCAACAAAAAUUUUUUUUGGGCCCUUUGAGCCUUAGUUUGGUCUAAAAAUAGGUGGGGGGGGGGGGGGGGGGGCCCCCNAACCUUCUCGUACAGACUAUUAGAGAUUGUUGGCACAAUAUCGCGACAACGCUUUACGAGCUUUAAAGCACUCGACCCUCGUCAUCAGUACAGGCACGUGGAAAACACUUACUCUUCGUAAAUUGUGGUAAGACAGAAGUACCUGUGUGUCCUGUCCUUUGCCACGUCGGAAUCACGUUGUUAAAAAUUCCCUUGUUUUGACACAACGUACUAAUGCGCAAUAAAUUUUUUUUUCUUUAAUAUGAACAAGAAGCCUUCUAUGUUUCGACAUAAUGCCAUCCUUAACCAAGAGAAAAUAAUUAGAGAGGGAGUCUGGAGACCUUGGCGGGGAUAUAAUUUCGAAAGAGUUAUUCUUAGUAAUAAUAUGCGGACCAUGUGGAACAAUCUGUUGAUAUCGUUGACGUCAAGGAGACUCGCUUUCAUAAAACAGCGCGCUCAAGCGAGGCUGAGACAAAAAAUGGAGAAAAUGGUGGCCUAUGAUCGCUGGCUUUAACCUAUAAAAGGAGAUCCAUGUAUAUCUCUGUUAUGUAGAGUUUUUGUUAUCAAAACGACAGUCUUCUAAAUACGUAGGGGGUAGUUUAACCUGCUAUUAAUUGAUUUUCUUUCUCCUCAGAAUUUGCUUACUCUAUCUGCCUUAUUCGUGAUUGGAGCUGGUGUAUGGUUUUAUUUCAUAACCCAGUCAAACAAAGUGAUGACAUAUCCUGCAGUUGUUUUGCUAGGAUCUGGGUUUUCCAUAAUGUUUGUUACUGCCCUUAGCUUUGCAGCAGAACUUAUUGGGGACAACAAGGUGAGCUUAUCACGUCCCUCAACAUUAUGACGUCCAAAGUUACAAGUUCAAAUAGAGCCUACUUAGCAAUGCUUCCAUCUGACCUUAGUUGUUUUAAAAAACGCAGAUAGUGCUAUCCACCGAAUAAAUCUCUAUCCCCUGGUUUAAGUGCAAUUGGUUUUCCUAACACAUGUAUCUACUGAAUGGUGGUUUAUUUUUUGGCCAGGCUCAAAGUUUUUCAACAGGUGGAUGGCGCUUAAUUCCACCAAAUAAAUCUCUAUCCAGUGGAUAACGCAAUUGGUUUCCCUGAUACUUACCUGCUUGAUAAUAACGAUUUAUCCAGUAGAUAGCGUUAUCCAGCGUUGAACAACCGGGGCUUAGUAUCUAAGAGUCGACCAUUUAAACGGCGUAAUAAAGACUAUUGUAAACGUGCUAUAAAUACAGUCGACUCCCGACGACUCGAACCUCGCGCUAACUGACGAACCAAAAUCGAUUUCCCCUGGAUUUCCUUCAUACAUUUACUGUAAUUUUACCCUUGGUGACUCGAACCCACGAUAACGCGAUUCUCCGGCUACCUAGAAGUUGUUUCCCUUCAGAUCUUUUCUAUUACAAUUUUGCCUUCGAUAACUCGAACCAUGUUUAAGCGUCUGACAAGUCGAAAAAAGCAGCGAACUGCAGUGCAAAACAUUAAAAUUUGUUCAAAACAAUUGUGUCUUUGUCUUUACUUUUUCGUCAGUCCAAUUGAAAUACAAUGUUUUAGCGCUGUGCUGUGAAGUGUGCAUCAUACUUGCAUUGCUUCUCCAUCCCAUUUCCUUUAUAUUUCUGAUUAUUUGCUUCGAACUCCCGAUAACUCCAACUGUUUUCGAUUUGCCUUGAAGGUUCGAGUUAUAGGGAGUCAAAUGAACAGUUGUUUUCUAAUGACGUCACAGCGGCCAUCAUGUUGGUGUUCCAAAGCAACUCUGAAACGGUGGCCAUGUUGACGUAUCAUGACAAUCCUCCGCCUGGGUGUUGAACUCUUUUCUUAAAACGCAAAAAAAAGACGCUUUUUGGGCUCCGAUAAACUAGAGUAGCUGCUGGCCACAUGAGUGAGUGAAAACACUGACUCUAUUAAAAUGAAGUCAAGCUAACUUUUGAAAAAAGAUAAAAAAAUAAAUAGACAAGUAACUUAUCAUCUACUCAACAUUUGAAGAAGAGGAUACCAAAGUGAUCGACGCUCUGGUAUUAAACCCUCGUGAAGCUUUACACAACGCACUAUAUAUCGUUCUUGUACACGAUCAGAAAUUGUAACCCGAGAACAAUCACUAUAAUCACAAAUAUCUAAUUACAAGACUAACUACAUGUAUUAAUAAGGGAUAUACAAUAUGUUUAUCUGCAGUUUCCAACAUGGGAAGAUUUAACGACCCUUUUAUUCAAAGAUAAGGCAUUUUGAUAGGGCGUUUAAUUUUCUCAUUCUUCUUCUUCAUUCACUUUACCAUGAGAGCCUCAGUGGAAAAUUUCCCAGGGUAGUACUGCAAGGGAAAAAGCUACCUUCACUAACUGAGGAACGUCAGAUUUAGGUUCUUAAGUUGUGAAUUCCAAGAAAACUUUCAGUGUCUGUCCUUCGCUUUUUCAGCAAAUAUUUGGAUGUCUGAAUUUCAUUUAAAAACCCUUUUUAGGUCUUCACAUUUUUACUUGAGAAAUUUUGAAUUUGCAGGGCACAUCUGGCGUCGUGUUUGCUUUUAUGGGUUUCAUGGCAAAUGCGACUGGAGGUUCAUUAUUCGGUGUUAUUCAGAAACUAUUCCCCCAAGAAAGGUAACUUAAUAUUUAAAAAAAGCUACUGUAUUAACUAGUAAUAAUAUAACCAAUAAUAUAAGAGUGGGCGAUAACGGCCCAAUUGCAAGGUCAAAACGUUCUUGCUCCCAACCCCAAACACGGUUGAUCAGAUUGCGUUCUGUGCAUUCCACUCAUUCUUAGUGGAAGUCCAAACUUAAAGAAGCUGACUUCACACUUGCCGUACAUGUGUUAUAGCAACCUGGAGAUUUUGGAUUGAAGGUUCCUCUUGUCGCCCUCCUUGUUAUUGCACUGCGCAACCGCUUACUGCGUAUAAUUUCAUGCGUAAUAGACCUCUUUAGCUUGUUUGUUUUGUUUACCCCAUAAUUUAUGCCUACAUAUUCAAUUUUUUAAGCAAGGACCAGCUUACAAAAAAGAACGACCUGAUCCUAAUAAAGGAUCUAAUCAGCAAUAAGUGAAAAUAUAAAACAAAAGAAGCAAGGCUGAUUUUACAGUCGGGAAUAUAUUUUUACCAAUAUUUCGGAAGGCACGGCUUUCCUUCUUCAGGGUCUUACAUAUAAUGAUAUAACAUUAUAUUCAUAUUAUUACACACGGAGCUGGAGCUUUUGCGUUUUUUCGUUAAUAGUUUUGCUUUGUUUGUUCUUUUUUUUUUCCACAGCUACAAAAUGCAUUUGUUAACCCUUUUGGAUCUUUGUACAGUCCGAAAUGAAAGAUUUCCCUUCCCAUAUACUUCAGCUAGUAAGAUCCCCACCCUUCCAUGCACCUGAAGCCUGAAAAAAGUACUCCAUUCGGACGGAGCCUUCCGGUAUAGUUAAUCCCCCACCCCCCCACCCGUACAAUUAUUUCCCUGCCAAAAAUGACUAAGAGGAAACAGAGACGUUUUCUCUAGAUAGAAGAUAUAAGCAAACAGUUGGUUUUUGGCAUUUUCAUUUCAGCAACUCUGAAGACUGUAAAGACUGUGGGGAUUAUGUCCGUUACGUGUUUUCAUUCGUACCAGGAAUUCUCGCUGCCAUCUGUGUUCUAACUGUUCUUCUGCUUCAAGUUUCACAAACAGUUAAGAAUCAAAAU